CAGAACGAACAUCAUGGAGACCUACUCUUGUCGAUAAUAUCUCUUUAAAUUUGAAAUAACUCUUUUAACUAUUGAAGACCCUGUUUUGUAUGUGAGCUCGCUGUGUCUUGGGAAAGAUGACCUGGGGUGUGUGUAGUCGGGCCCUUGUGUGGUGCAUUUUCACGGCGCUUUUCAGCUUUAACCUGCUUGAAAUGGGCGGCUGCAGCGGCACUAACACCGUCUCCCUGCCCGAGAGCUUGCUUUUCGUGUCCACCCUAGACGGCAACCUUCACGCAGUCAGCAAGAGAUCCGGUUCAAUCAAGUGGACCCUAAAGGAAGAUCCUGUUCUUCAAGUCCCAACACACGUGGCAGAGCCAGCGUUUCUCCCUGACCCUAACGAUGGCAGUCUCUACUCUCUUGGAGGGAAAAACAGUGAAGGAUUGACGAAACUACCCUUCACCAUACCGGAGCUGGUACAAGCUUCACCCUGCCGAAGCUCUGAUGGCAUCCUCUAUAUGGGCAAGAAACAGGACGUCUGGUACGUGGUUGACCUCCUGACUGGGGAAAAACAGCAGACGCUAACGUCUUCCUUUGCCGAGAUGCUGUGUCCGUCCUCGUCCCUGCUGUACCUGGGCCGCACAGAAUACACCAUCACCAUGUACGACACCAAGAGCAGAGAGCUACGCUGGAACGCCACCUACUCCGACUACGCAUCCACGCUGCCUGACGAUGACACCAAAUACAAGAUGGCUCACUUUGUGUCCAACGGGGACGGUCUGGUAGUGACGGUGGACAGUGAGUCCGGGGAUGUGCAGUGGGUCCAGAAUUACAACUCUCCUGUGGUGGCCAUGUACAUCUGGCAGCGAGAGGGACUGCGCAAAGUCCAACACACCAACGUCGCCGUGGAAACACUGCGUUACCUCACCUUCAUGUCGGGGGACGUAGGCCGCAUCACGCAGUGGAAGUACCCUUUUCCCAAGGAGAAGAAGCCCAAGGAUAAGCUCACGUCUACUCUGUAUGUGGGGAGAUACUCCACCAGUCUCUACGCCUCACCAUCCCUGGUGCAUGAUGGAGUCACGGUGGUGCCUCGUGGCAGCAUGUUUCCCAUGCUGGAGGGCCCUAACAGCAGAGAGGCCAGUGUAGACGAUGACCAGGAGUGUGUGAUUACUCCCAGUACAAGUGUAAAUUUCAACUCUGCCCUGAAAGAAGGAAACCGGAUCAACUUCAUGAAAAACUACCUACUUCUCAUAGGCCAUCAUGAGACCCCGCCUGAAGCUCACAAUAAGAUCCUGGAGAGGUUUCCAGAGAGUCUCCCCCGCCAGCAGCCUAAUGUCAUCCCCCCCACCACAGAAAAGACCAUUGAGGAGGUUAGAAGAGUGAAUGACAGCGGUAAGGAGGACUGUCGUCCCCUGCCCUCUGACACCUCCAUCCAGGAGAAGCCAGGUCGCUCAGUACGGCUGGAGGCUCCUGUGGACUCUAUGCUUAAGGACAUGGCCACCAUCAUCUUCUGCACCUUCCUGCUGGCUGGCUGGGUGGUGUUUGUCAUUGCCUACCCUAAGAGCGUACACAAGCAGCAGCAGCUCCAACACCAGCAGUUUCAGAGGCAGAUGGAGGAGAAGUUGGAGCUCCUGCAGAGACAGCAGCUAAUCUUCCAGCCGCCCGUUGACCUGCCCCCCGACUCUGACUUCCUGGAGGUGGCGAGAGGUCGCUCGGAAAGCUCCGACCAAAGCAGUUCGAACGUCACCCCACGAGCAUCCAACCACUCCAACCUGUCUGUGUCAGAGAUCGGCGCCUCGGCCGUGGAACACGAGGAAGGAGAAGAGAUAUCCAAUAUUGUUAGAGUUGGAAACAUCACUUUCAACCCCAAAAAUGUUCUUGGACAUGGCGCUGAAGGAACCAUUGUGUACAAGGGUCAGUUUGAUAAUCGUCCAGUGGCGGUGAAAAGAAUUCUCCCAGAAUGCUUCAGUUUUGCUGACCGAGAAGUACAACUUCUCCGGGAAUCGGAUGAGCAUCCCAACGUUAUCCGCUACUUCUGCACAGAGAAGGACCGCCAGUUCCAGUAUAUCGCCAUCGAACUGUGCAGCGCGUCACUGCAAGAAUAUGUGGAGCGAAAGGAUUUUGACAGGCACGGUCUGGAGCCAGUGACACUGCUUCAGCAAACCAUGUCUGGAUUGGCUCACCUGCAUUCCCUAAAUAUAGUCCACAGAGACUUGAAGCCUCACAACAUCCUGGUGUCCAUGCCUAACGCCCACGGGCGCGUCAAGGCGAUGAUCUCUGACUUUGGCCUGUGUAAGAAGCUGGCGGUGGGCAGACACAGCUUCAGCAGGAGGUCAGGGGUCCCCGGCACAGAGGGCUGGAUCGCCCCAGAGGUGCUCAGUGAGGACAGCAAACACAACCCAACAUGUAUGGUGGACAUCUUCUCUGCAGGCUGUGUGUUCUAUUAUGUGGUGUCUCAGGGAAGCCACCCUUUUGGAAAAUCCCUGCAGCGGCAAGCCAACAUUCUCCUGGGAGCUUACACAUUGGACCACUUACUGCCAGACAAACAUGAGGACAUCGUGGCUGCUGACCUGAUUGAGCAGAUGCUGAGUAUGGAGCCACACAAGAGGCCCUCGGCAGAGAGAGUGCUGAAGCAUCCUUUUUUCUGGAGCCUGGAGAAACAGCUGCAGUUCUUCCAGGAUGUAAGUGACAGGAUAGAGAAGGAACCAGUCGAUGGACCAAUCGUACGGCAGCUGGAGAGGGGAGGGCGGGCUGUGGUGAAAGGUGAUUGGAGGGAACAUAUAACAGUGCCUCUACAAACAGAUCUACGCAAGUUCCGUUCAUAUAAAGGAGGAUCAGUAAGAGAUCUUCUCCGUGCUAUGAGAAACAAGAAGCAUCAUUACCGAGAAUUGCCAGAAGAGGUGCAGGAGACGCUUGGCUCUGUUCCAGAUAACUUUGUGUUUUAUUUCACCUCCCGUUUCCCCCACCUGUUGCUCCACACAUACCUGGCCAUGCAAAGCUGCGCUCAGGAACGCCCUUUCCUGCCCUACUACCACAGCUCUCAGCUGCCAACACGGACUACACAGACAUUUCCCCUGCCAAAGACCCCAGAGUCCCAGCCACCCACCGCCACACCCCCUUCCCCAGAGCCGGCUGCAGGACAAACAGACACACAGCCUUCACAGCCCGUCUUACCAGUAUCAAACCCGGAGCACACGCCACCAUCCGCACCAUCUGCACCAACCAUAAAGGAAGAUGGGUCUGUGUGAAGUGACUGAUCUGUGCACCUUUGAGGGUCUUUGUCAUAUGAGUGGACACAUUCCAGGGUUGGUUUGGCUCUAAGAAGGUGUGGACUGGGCCUGCAGUGCCUAGGCCUCACCACUGGAUGAGCUGCCUCCCGUUCUCAAGUGCCUUUGCGCUGCUCAUAUGAAGUCCCCUUAAGUUCUGAACUGUCCAAAGGUUUGUGGAAAGCGUGGAGCGUCUCGAUGAAGAUUGUUCACGCAGUCCACAGUCCGUCAUGUACGUGCAAGUCAAUGUUUUUUAGUUUUGUUUUGUUUUUUGGUUUGUUUGUUUUUUUGGACUCAGCUGAACUCUUUUGUAAAGGUAGAAUAUAUUGUGAGGCCUAGGUAUCUGGGGGGUGAGGAGUAAUUUUGUUGAACACUUGAAGAGCACAGAAAUAUUGUGCAAUGUUGGUAUUUUGCAGUGAAUGCUCUCACUGUUGAGUAUAUAUUUUUGUAGAAAUGAUUCUAAUGAUCAUUGAUAAUCGUUUGAAGUGGCCAGUGUGCCUUUUAAAAUGACACUGUGUUAUCUUUUUUGGCUGUGGGGUGAGAGUAGUUUCUUUUUUUUUUUUUUUUUUCUAUUGCCAGUGUGGUUGUUAGCUGUCUGUCUCCCAUAUAUUAACUAUAUCCUUGUUUUGACGAGGGCAAGAUAAAUGCUUAAAGGGAUUUUGCAAAACACAGGAAACAUAUUUAUACAUUUCAAAUUUUAAAUGUCACAUUAUUCAAAAUCCUUUUGCCAUCAUCUCAGCUGCAUGUAUCAAGUGUGGAUGCAGGAGGGUUCAUAUUAGCAGUGGAACAAGCACUGAAUUAACCUGCAACAAUCCAGUUCUUUCAGAAACGGUUUUCAUAUACAUGUAGAUUAUAGUCAUUCCUGUCAUUACUUUAUAGGCUAAAUUGCCAACCAGCGUCAAUAAGCAAGAGUGUAGACAGUAUUGGAGUUCUCUUGUUAUGUCCCAUGUUGUCAUGUUGACGUGAAAAUGCGAAACUAAUUUUUCUUUCUUAUUAUGAGCACAUUGACCUCAGGUGAAUGUAUUGUGCACCUCAAGAAAUUGCUCCACU